AAGGUUUUAGGGGUUUUAGGUUUCCAACCUCUCCCCAAAACACCAUUUUUUAAAAAAUAUUCUGGAAAUGGCGUCUCUUCUCUGCAGAUAUCAAAGACCUUCCGAUCUGAAACCCUAACCCUAGAUCUGCUCACUUCCCUCUUUUCUCAUUGCAAUGGCUGCAGACGCAACCAUAGCAUCAGAACAGUCGAAAUCAUGCUGCGCCGCGCUGAAAGAGAGGCUGUCGAAGAUGGAUGAGAAGCGGAAUGCUCUUCGGCUAGCCGUGAAGCUGCUGGAUGACGAGGUCAACAAACUCCAGGCCGAGAAUCUCGAGCUCAAGAGAGCAUGUGAGCAGGAGAGAAUGAGAGCAGAUCGACAGAGUGAAGAAAAAGAAAAAGAGUCCCGCACUAGAAAUGAAUUGGAGAAAGAGGUGUGCAAUUUGAAGGCAGAAAUUACUGCAUUGCAGAACAGAGGAGGUCAAGACGAAGAUGGGGAUGAACUGCUUCGGUCCUGUGCUUUGGAAAGGGAGGUUGAAAUUAGCAGACUUAAGGAGCUUCUUGAGAAAGAGAAAAAAAGAGGUGAUUUAGAAAGGAAAAAGGCCGAAACUGAGAAGGUGAAAGGUGCAGAGGCAUGGAAGCUUGUGAAAGAGGAAAAGAGGAAGGCUGAAGAAGAAAAGAAGCUUACAGACAUUGAGAGGAAAAAGGCAGAGGAAUGUAGGGUUUCCUUGGAAUCAUUAAAGCUUGAAGCUAAAGAAGCAAAAUCUAAAUUGGUUUCAGAGAAGUUAAAAACAGAAGAAGCAAAUAGGAAGGCUGAAGCAGAGAAGCAGAAAGCAAAUAGAGAAAAAAAGCGUGCAGAUUUGGAGAUGGUAAAAGUGGUAGAGCAGAGGAAAUGCAUAGAAGUAGAAAGGAAGAAGGUGAUGGAUGAAAAAUCCCAUGCCGACCACUUGUCUCAACAAUUGGAGGAGGAGAAACAGAAGGGCGAAGUUCUACAGAAGGAGAUGGAGCAAAUCAUUGCAGUUGGAAGAGCUAAAAAGUGUCAUCUAGUCCCACCUGAUGGUAAUGUGAAGACUGAAGCUUCCAAUGAAAAAGUUUUAAAAGGAAAACUGAAGCUAGAAAAGAAGAAAGUAAAGCAUGCUAAAAGGAUAGCUAAGCAAGAAAAAGAGCGAAAUAAUUUGCUACAGAAAGAAUUAUAUCUGUUAAAGCAGGAUGCUAUCCAAUUUUCACGUCGCCUGGAUAUACUUGAUGGUUGCUUCUCUCGCGGCAUGGAAGGUAUAGAUGGUUUGGCAAAGAUUGGCAACUCUCCAGAGCUACGAAGCAAUAGUUUGAAUAACAGAAUCCUGGGUACACAAGUAUGCGAUUUGCAUUCCCAAAGUGAAAAUGAACUAAUAAAAACUCGCUACACAUCCACAGAUGCUUUUGAUCAUAUUGGGUCAAGAGUAGAAUGUACAGCGACAUUGUUUCCGGUCUCUGGGGGAAGCUUUACUCAACCAAUCUCAGGUAUUAGUUCUGAAUUGGAGUCUCUGAUUGGAGGUUCCGUCAGAAACGAGUCACAAAAUUCUGCCAUAUAUUCCACUAGCACAUCCUUUUCUGAUAGACAGUUGAUGGGCUCACAGGGAAGAGGUGUUUUUUCUGCCACCACAUCAUCAAAAUUGGCGGAAGAUUACUCGAGGCAGGGAUCCUUUACGAGAUUGUCGUGUGAAGUCACUGAUAAGAGGUACCGUAAAUCAACAAAAUUGGCAGAAGAGAACUCAAGGCAAGGAUCAGCAUCUCGUGAAGUUACUGAAAAGAGGUACUGUAAAAAUCCUGCAGUGGUGGCUGAGGGUAAUGGUGGAAGUCUGGUUGACAAACCAUCAGGAACUCCAAGUUUGCGUCCAACCCUUUGUGAUAGGAGUCAAGUCCUUGACAGGGCGUCUGGCCAUGGCAGGAAGAAGACCCAAGAUGCUCCAGAAUCUGUUAUGUGUUUUAAGUCUGAGGAUAAGAAGUUGGAUUUCUGUAUUAAAGAUACUCAUGCUCCUUUGCAAGACGUUUUGGGUCCUAAGAGUGACAUGCCUGCAUCAAUUUGCUCUCAAAGUGAUGGAAACUCACAGCCUUUGCUGCUUCACAGUUUAUAUAGCAAGAAACACAAGUCAAGAAAGAAUAGAAAGGUAGAUCUGAAACAGAAACUUGUUUCACAGUAUUGUGGUCAUAAUGACAAGAUGGAGCACAAAGACAAGUUGGAAAUCGAAGGCAGUAGAGAUGCACAACGUAACACUGGUGUGUCGCUACCUGUCACUCCAACAAGUGAUGCCUAUCAUGCAUGCAGGGAUGAAACAAUUUCUACUGAGGGUGACCAAUCUGCCACAUUAUGCUUUGAAGACAUGUUUAGAGGGGAUUAUAUGAAGUUACUAGAGUUGGAUAAUGAUGAUGAUGAAGAAAGGUUCAGGAUUGCUAUAGAAAUGCCUCUAUCUCCUACUUUACCUGAAAUUGAAUUCCCUAAACUUGGGAUUUCUGAAGUACACAACCCUAGUCAUUCAGUAAAGCGGAGUCUUCCUAGCUUGAUGAUUGAGGAAGACAAUUUGGUGAUGCAUCGUACGUCUGAUGUAAUUGGUAUGGAUAUUGAUUCCAAUAAUCAUCUUAUAGGUUAUGAUAGCAUAUAUGUUGCUUCCAUCCCUGGACCUGGCACAUCUGUGGCUGUUGAAGAUAUUUCCAAUGCCACUGAUACUUCAGAAAUUGUUGCAGGAAGUGAUUUCUUUAAUGCUGCAGAACCACGACAAACUAGCGUUUGCAAUGCCCUGGCAUCUGGUACAACAAGUGAAGGUCCUAGCAUUCAGCAGCCGGAAGUUUGCUGCAUAGGCAGUAAUGGAGAUUCAAAUUGGAGCAUUCCAAAGUAUUGUGUUGUGUUUUCAAAUAUGAAGGACGAAGACAGCAUUUCUAGGAUAUUUUGUGCGAGGGAGAACUGUAUUUCUCAGAGCUCUAUGGUUUCUCAGACACACUGGGUGAUCUCAGAGUUUCUGCUUGCUCUUGCAUUGGAACGGGGUCUCCUCCUUGAGGAGAAGGCUUGUGUAUUCUUUUCACUGUUGUUGUACAAUUUCUCUGUUGGGGUUUCAUCAAAUUCUAGAAUCGUCAAGACUGGAGAUGCUGCAUGCUUCUCGGAUUUCCUUACAGCACAGUUAAAUCAAGUGAUUUCUGAUGUGGAGACAAGAUAUGUGCUUUUAGAAUUAUGUCAGCGUGAUAUCCUGUUCAGCCUCAUAGAGGAUUUCCUUGUUGAUGGAAGAGUUUUGGUAUAUAAUGAUGUCCAUGGUGAAGCAUUCAUUCCUUGUGCUUCAGGAAGUGAAAUUGCCUUUCCAGGAUGCAGAGAUUUAUUUGUCUCCAGAAUAGCCACUGCCGAUCAGUUAGAGGCUGGAGGCAUUAUAUUAGCAUCAAUUUGCUUAGCAACUGACUACAUAGGUUUUAUUUGUGAGGCUUCUUACAAUAUUCUUCGAAUGUGCAAAGGUGAUUCUUUUUGGAUUCUGACAGUGCUGCAUAUUUUUGCUUCUGUUUGUCGGAAGAAGUACUUUCAGCAGAGAAACUACAGUUUGGUGAUGACUUCCAUAAAAUCUGUUGUUUUAUUCCUUGAGAGUGGAAGUGACUCGGUUGGAACUCUAUCUUCUUCUUGCCUCCAUUCAGCAAGGGACAAUCAGCUCAGGUUUUCUCCAUGUGUGCAAUGCCCAUUUGCAGAAGGUGCACUUUGCGUAGACAAAGUCUUGCUGUUGCUUAUGGAGAAACUAGAGGAUUAUGCCAUCUCAGUGAUCAGACAUCAACAUCCAAAGAAAUCAAUUACUUCUUCAAUCUACACGGUGCAAGCACAAAUAGAGGGAGAUGAAAAAUGUGUUGGGGACAGAAAUGACACUGAUGGUCUAAAUAUGAGCGGGAAUGUGUCUUGUUGUUUAGUUAACGGUGAAGGGGUCGUUGCUCUGAAAGCCGAAUGUGGGGCUGAAUCGACUUUGUGUCAAUUAAGUGAUAUUGUUUCGUUGGUGGAGCUUCUUUCAUGCCACAUGAGCUGGGAUUGGUCAUACAGCAACAUCAUUCCCCGUCUGCUGAAACUAUUGGAUUCAUGCAUCAAUGAGGAAGUUUCGGCUGCUAUUCUUGUACUGAUUGGUCAACUGCGGAGGCUUGGCAUUGAUGCUGGUGGAUACGUUCAGAAGGGGCUUGAGGAAUUGCGAUUUAGCUUGUCCACGUUUUUGGAUGCAAACAUUACGGGAGAAAGGGGUCUUCCGUUUCAAUUUUCAGCUGUUCAUGCUUUGAUUGAUCUUCUUCCUUUUGGGUUCGAAGAAGUCAUUCAGAAAAAUAUGGAGCUUUCAGUCGAUACAAGCCAAUCUGCUCAUGCGGAAGCUAUAAGGAAGUGGUUUUCUCAGCUGAGCAAAGAGCAACAGGACUUGUCAAUGAGGCUUUUCCAAACUGAUGAUGAAGGGAAGAACAGGUGACAUGCUUUCACUGCAUCGAUCAUUCAGUACCAUAUGCUCUGGGGCACACAUGCACCCUAUAUCCAAAUUCCGGUGAUAUUGGAUUUCUUCUUCAUUUUUGCUCGCUGCCUGAGGAAAGAUAUCAUGUUCGGUAAUUAAUGUUGAGAAAUUUUGCUUCAGACACAAGUUCUGUCUGUUGAGGAAUUUUGCUUCAGACACAAAUUCUUGUCUUCUUAAACUGAGUGGUAUCUGCAGUAUUUUGCCUAGUUUUGAGCUGAA